UCUUUCCGCCGCCGGAUGAAAUGACGGACAGUGUUGUGCGACGGACCAGCAACAUCCGCCGGAGUUGUCAAUACAGAACACGUGUGUUCAACCGAUGAUUAAACUUCUCACAUACAACUAAAACAUGCCGAAGGCGGGGAAAGGUAAACCAUCUCAGAAGGAGAAGGUGUGUCAUCCCUAUAGCAGGAAAGCUGCUUACCUGGCCAGCCAGGAGAUACGUCUGGGAAAGAAGGAGAGACAAAAGAGUGAGAAGGCCACUCGUCUCAACAGCAUUGGUGAUAAGCUGCAGUGGUUUCAGAGCCAGCUGGACUCUGAGAAGACAGAGUUCACCAAACAGGACGCCUGUCGCAUCAUAGAGAGGUACCUGCAGAGGUUUGACGGGGAGUUGGACCAGAUAGAGCUGGUGAACGGGAUCAAAGGUCGUCAGGGUCGUCUCCAUGGCAGCAGGGAGAACGUCAUCAAACAGACUGUAGAGAGAGAGACCGCUCUGUACCAUGGCAACGGCUUCGAGAUUCCAGACAUCAUCAACUCUAAACAUCUCAAGACCUUCAGGGAGUGGAGCGGAGAUCUAAAGAAGCUUCCCAACAUCAAGAUGAGGAAGUUCUCUUCCCGAGGGAUGGACAGAACAGGAGGAGAGGAAGAGGAGACCGCCGGAGGAGAGGAAGAGGAGGGGAUCGCCGCAGGAGAGGAGGAGGAGGAGGGGAUCACCGGAGGGGAGGAGGAGACUGCCGGAGGAGAGGAAGAGGCCUUGAUGGAGGACUCAGAUUCAGACGCCCAGGAAGAUGCCCCAUAAUGCUUUGCGUGUUAAAACUCUGGGGAUGUCAGCCAUCUUACCUGACUGGGGUUAAGCCAACCUGUUUUUGUGUGUGUGUGUGUCCCAAUACAGACAUCUAAUAAACCUAAAGGCCGAGAGCGA